AUGGCGCAAAUUCGGCCACGAGGUCCAAAUCGAGAAUUCGGCGGUGCGUGGAGGCCUAAAACACUGCCACGGCGUGGUUCUGACGCCAUAGACGGUGUAGAGACCUUCCAAAUGCGCGUCAACGAUGCGCCGCGUUCGCCGGCAUCGUCCACAAGCGACGGCAGAUCUGACACCAUCAAACGACGCCUCGUAGAGGAGUACAACUUCUUCAGAAGCAGGGAGUCAGAGAGACCAACUCCAGCGGGCUACGGUAACGGCGUCGCCCCAAAUUACAACGAAAUGACCUCGUUCAGUGCCGACCGGACAGACGGUCAAUUUCAAGCUGGACGGAGCAGUCGACCUCGAGUGAAGACUGCGACAGGCAAAGUCGUCAUUCCACAGCGGCCAGUUGAGUCAACACUCACGCGAUCCGAGUACAACGACCGGAUAAUGGAUUACCGUGGCGGCGGCGGCGGUGGUGUCGGUGGCUACCCCCCACCCAGCAUCUCCGCGAUCACCAGUCCCACCGGCAUGCGAGGUGUCUACGGCAGCGUCGGUGGAAGUUACUCAAGAUCCUCCGGACAGCCGAGCCCUUCGUCCGUAAUCGAGGAGCUCCAAGGUCGCUUCAGCGCCGCGUCAAGGUCCCGCGAGAAGCGACCGACCCUGCGGCCGAACCCCACCACCGCUGACCUCGUGGUGCCGGCGUACCACCGCAAGACGGCCACGUCAAUGACCACCACGGCGACUCUAGUCUCGAAGCCGCACCAUCAGUCGGACCUGACGCUUCCCACAACCCCCGUUGCCACGCUUCAAUCGAUUAACGCCACCUCCACGGCGCGAAUUCCAUCGGAUGCCUCUAGCAAUGCCACCCUCCUUCGAAAUGCCGGCAACGGAGCUUACCGUGGAGGUCCCAGUUUCCGCCGACUGCAGACCCUUUACGGCACGAACAUCAGCCAGAAGCGCUAUCCAUCGGACAACGCCUUGGACAUGACCUACCUCGAGGACAACUUUCAGCCUCAGAAUCCUUCGAUGCCACAGUUCUACAUCUCAGAUCGCAAAGCCGGAACCGUGAAGAUCCAAGUGCGAAGUCGCAGUGAACAGGGCAGCCCAAACAACGGCGUAACAGUCCACAGUCCACAACAAGGCCUCAAAUUCGACGAUCGUAUUCGCUCGGAGCAGGUCAUUCAGCCGAAGGCGCUCGCGUCUGCACCUCGCACAAUCUACUCUCCGCCUAGAAACCACACCACCUCGUCGUCUGUGGAUGGUCCGCAGGCGGAGGACGAGGAGAACCAGGUGCUGCCGUCGGUUCGUGAGAUAAUCCGACAGGUUGAAGAAAUGACCCUGAAAAAUAGCACAGCCAAUAGCAGCACGAGCUCGCUGUCCAAGCACCAGGCCAUUGGCUCAUCGCAGCACAUCUCAAGGUCACUUGUGCGACCGGUGAAUGCCGAGCCCCAGGGCAGCCCUAAUCGAUCCCAGUCUGCUUCGGCCUUCAGACCAGCGAAUCCGGACGGCGUGAACAUCCAGGCUAAUUCCUACGGAGAUGCCUUCAAAGGGGCACCGCACGUCAGCAGAAGAACAGACCAACUCACGAACUUGCCUCAAGACUACCAAAAGUUGCUGGAGGCGUUUCUAGAGCAGCGGAAAGAAAUCCAGCGGUUACGGAAGGAGAUGGUGGAGAAGGAUCGUCUGAUAGCCGCCCUACAGAAGGACAUCCACAUGUACGAGCCUUGGCGCUAA